AUGACUGAGUGCCCCAGGAGAAUCCUGCGCCGCGGGUGCCACGUGAAUGACCGGGACGGACUGACAGACAUGACGCUGCUGCACUACGCCUGCAAGGCUGGCGCCCAUGGCGUGGGGGACCCGGCGGCGGCCGUGCGUCUGUCCACACGGCUGCUGGCGCUGGGGGGGGACGUGACACUGCGGAGCCGCUGGACCCACAUGAACGCCCUCCACUACGCUGCCUACUUCGAUGUCCCCGAGCUCAUCCGCACCCUCCUGCGGGCGGCAGCCCCCCGAGUGCUGCACUCGACCUGCAGCGACUUCAGCCACGGGACGGCACUGCACAUCGCUGCCUCCAACCUCUGCCUGGGGGCUGUGCGUUGCCUGCUGGAGCACGGGGCUGAUCCUGCCCUCCGGGUGGGGACCCUGCGUUUCUGCGGCACCACGGCAUUUGCCAGCGGGCAGUGGGCCGGAGUGGAGCUGGAUGAGCCCGAGGGCAAGAAUGACGGCAGCGUGGGGGGGGUCCGCUACUUCAUCUGCCCCCCCAAACAGGGUAGGGACCCCCAGGGACCCCAGGGGCAGGGGUGCAGGACCCAGAUGCCUGGGUCCCUUGAGGACACCCCCGGAUGUCCUGGUCCCUCUGGGGGUGGAUGA